GCGGCGUGCGCGAUGCGGCGGCGGCGGAGAAGGGGGUAACGGGGUUAAAGGGGAUAAAGGGGCGCGGUUCGGCUGGAGUGGGCCCCGAGGCGAGUCCGUAGGGGGCAGAGCGGGGACGGUAUCCGGUGGGGAUCGCUGUGAGACGAUUGGACGCCUAAGGGAGAGUGGAGCCGGGGCCCGGCCCGGUUUGAGGCCCGGUAGCGGGGAGGGAGGACGAGGCCUAUAGGCCGCCCCGCUGCCUUCCCUGUGUUGGCGGGGCCUAACGCUGACACAGCGGUGCCGGUGCACGGGGAAGGGCCUGUCGUGGGCCCCUCCCAGCUCACGGAGCCCGGUGGUGGUACCGGUAGCGUCCUCGCGGCCCAGCAGCGUUUGGAGCCUUCUGUUGUCACCUCUCUCCAUCCCCGUGUCCGUGCUGUUACCUCCGGCCCGGCUGACACCUGUAGGGUUGACCCGUGAAGUGUCGGUUCCCCUUCCUUCACUUCCUUCCUUUGAGUAGGGAAUGGGGUGCAGGGGGCGGCUGGCACAGGGGGGUGUCGCUUCUUGAGUUGUUGUGCUCCCUGUUGUGUCUGUGCAGCUCUGGGGUUUGGCUGGCUGCCGGUGGGGUUUGGUUGUCCAACACCCGCUGACCCUGGGAGCAGCAGCAGCGGUGACACAUCAUGUGCCAGGCGCAAUCCAGGUGGCUGAAGGAUGCCCCUGGGAGAUCUCAAUAGGCACCGAAGGCCUCAAACUUUUGUAGGCGUGAAAAGCGAAGAAAUUAGAAUUGUCGCUGAAAACUCUUUCAAAGAAACUUGGUUCCAGCUUCCAAACGGCUGAAAAAAAAGCCCCCAACGUCUGCUCUAGUGCUUGGAAGGUGAAGGCUGCAGGGCAGGAGCGCUUUCCCCCGCCGUCCUGCUGGGAGCUGGUGCCUGUGAUUUACUGGGAAUGGAAAGCCACGAACGAGACUUGGCUGUGGUUUGUUUUAUGUGAUGGUCUGAGGUCCCCCAGGAUGACCUAGCACUUACCUUCACAAACUGGGCCAAGCCAAAGGCCGAAGUGACUUGAAAGAACCCUAGUGGUGGGACCAGGCCAGGAGCAAAGCGAGUCCCAACCUGAUUGUGUCUGAUCAGAGCUAUAUAUUCUUCUUAAGAGACCCGUUACUGGAGCAGACCUGGAUCUUUUAGCAUCCAAUUGAGCUGGAAGCGGCUCAUAGUUCGUUUUGUUCUGUUGUUUUUGGCUUUGUUUUUUGUUUUUUAAUUAAUGUUUGUACAAUCUUCUGGAUGUUUUUUUUUCGAGAAGGAGUAAAAGGGAGUGUUGGAAAACAAACAAACAGGAUUAAAACCCUGGGAGCUUAAGGAAGACAGGUUAAAGAACUUAAUCCAGGAUGGAUAUGCAGGAGCCUCAGCAGCUGGGUAUGUUUGGAGAGAGUGAGCUGAUGUCUGUGGGGAUGGACACUUUUAUCCAUCGCAUCGACUCGACUGAAGUCAUCUACCAACCACGGCGGAAAAGGGCCAAGCUCAUUGGCAAGUACUUGAUGGGAGACUUGCUUGGAGAAGGAUCUUAUGGCAAAGUCAAGGAGAUGCUGGACUCUGAAACCCUCUGUAGGAGAGCUGUGAAAAUUCUGAAGAAGAAGAAGCUACGCCGGAUUCCCAACGGGGAGGCAAAUGUGAAAAAGGAAAUUCAGCUCCUGCGACGACUGCGGCACAAAAAUGUUAUCCAGUUGGUAGAUGUGUUAUACAAUGAAGAGAAGCAGAAAAUGUAUAUGGUAAUGGAGUACUGUGUGUGUGGGAUGCAGGAGAUGCUGGACAGUGUCCCAGAAAAGAGGUUUCCAGUUUUUCAGGCUCAUGGGUACUUUUGUCAGCUUAUAGAUGGCUUAGAAUACUUGCACAGCCAAGGGAUCGUCCACAAGGAUAUAAAACCUGGGAACCUCCUGCUGACCACCAAUGGGACGCUGAAAAUAUCUGAUUUAGGCGUAGCUGAGGCAUUGCAUCCAUUUGCAGAGGAUGACACGUGCCGAACGAGCCAAGGGUCGCCAGCAUUCCAGCCACCAGAAAUUGCCAAUGGCCUUGAUACCUUUUCAGGCUUUAAAGUAGACAUCUGGUCCGCAGGGGUCACACUAUACAACAUUACAACGGGUCUAUACCCCUUUGAAGGGGAUAAUAUAUAUAAGUUAUUUGAAAACAUCGGGAAAGGUGACUUCACAAUUCCAGAGGAUUGUGGUCCUCCACUCUCAGACUUAUUGAGAGGGAUGCUUGAAUACGACCCAGCCAAGAGAUUUUCAAUACAGCAGAUAAGGCAGCACAAUUGGUUUCGUAAGAAACACGCUCAGGCAGAGACUCUGGUGCCCAUACCUCCUAGCCCAGAAACAAAGGACAAGUGGAGAAGUAUGACGGCGGUGCCUUAUCUGGAAGAUCUGCAUGGCUACAAUGAGGACGAAGAUGAUGACUUGUAUGACAUAGAAGAUGAUAUCAUCUACACUCAGGACUUCACAGUACCAGGACAGGUGCCUGAGGAGGAGGCAGGGCAGAACGGGCAGAGCCGAGGCCGGGGGCUGCCCAAGGCCAUCUGCAUGAACGGGACGGAGCCGGGACAGCUGAGCACCAAAUCCAAGGCGGAGCGCAGGGCCAGCGCCUCCUCCAACCCCUCACGCAAGGCCUGCUCGGCCAGCAGCAAGAUCCGCAAGCUCUCCACCUGCAAGCAGCAGUGAUCCGGGAGCACCACGCUCUGCACAGUGUCCCAGCAUCCUCCCCCCCCUGCUCAGCACCUCCUGGGGGCUGGAUGGGGUGGGGGGGGUCCAGUCUGUGCUCACAGCCUGAAGACCCCCACCAAGGAACCCUCCCUGCCCCCCCUAUGGACAGCACCCAGAGCCCAGCGCUGCGGGGAGCCCCCACCGCCCACCUGGGAUGGAGGACCCCGACUUGGGAGGGAAGGGGGGGGGGGGAAAGGGGCACCCCCCCCCUCCCCAUCACUCUUUGCCAAUCAAGACACUGAUUCUCUUUUUAAUUUCACAAUGGAAGGGUGGGAUGAGCGGAACUGGGGGGGGGGGGGGGGGCUCCCCCCCCCCCCCCCCCCCCCCCCUUUACCCUGGCUGUGUAGAAGUCGUGCGAAGCCAUUGCCGUGCACUUUAUGUUUUAGACUACUGUUCUAUAUUUUCCUCUUUUAUUUCUCUUUUAUUUUGGGGGGGGGAGGGUUGUUGUCGUUUGUUGUUGUUGUUGGUUUCGUUCCGUUGAUCUUUUUCGAGGUAUAUUUCGACAUAUUUCCUACACAUCGUGAGGUGUUUCAAAUCCAAACCCAGAUUGAGGGAAAAAAAACAACAACCAAAACCAAAACCCGACCCAAGGUAUUACAACAAAUCAAAGCUCCAUUCACCCUGCAUGCUGUAAAAGGGCUCAGAAAAGGGAAUGGGGGCCUUCAGAGUCUUCUUUUUUUUGUUGUUGUUCCUUAUUUUUUCUCUUUUUUUGUUGUUUUUUUCUUUUUUUUUUUUAAGAAAAAAAUAAAGUGAAAAGUGA